AUGGUUAGGAUUUGGGAAGACAAGAUGAUAGAAGGGAAAUUGAAGAAAGGCAAGAAUUUGGGAAGUCAGGUUGUGAAGUAUGGAAAAAAGUGGUGGAGGUUGUGCUGGGGUGUAGUGAAAGAAGGUGCAAAAGCAAUUCCUAAAGAUGUACCAAAGGGUCAUUUUGUAGUGUAUGUGGGUGAAGAUUGGAAGAGAUAUGUUAUUGAGAUUGGAGUGUUGAGACAUCCUUUGUUUAAGAUAUUACUUGAUUCUGCUGAGGAAACGUUUGGAUUUGAUAAUGGGAAUUCAAAACUAUACUUACCUUGUAAGGAGUGUGUUUUUGUUACAAUUCUUCAAUGUGUACAUUCUUCUACCCCUUCUUUGGAACUUGUAUUUUGA